UCCCCGCGCCCCGCCCUGACUGCUGCAGACAUUCGCAGUCGCAGUGUUUGAGAUCAGUGUUGCAACCUGCAAACACUGAGUGAACCAGCGAAAGUCAUGGCAGCUUCCAUUAUGCAGCGCCUGGAUAACUUCCUCAAGGAGAAAAAUCUGUUGUCAGAUAUUUUGGGGAAAAUCGAAAGCAAGACGGGAAUUAAAAGAACUUACAUCGCUUUGGGCUUCAUUGGAUUGAUUUCCAUUUACCUUGUAGUCGGCUAUGCAGCAUCUUUACUUUGCAACUUGAUCGGAUUCGUUUACCCCGCUUAUGUAUCAAUCAAGGCCAUUGAAAGCCCUGAUAAAGAUGAUGACACGAUAUGGCUGAUGUACUGGGUAGUUUACGGUGUCUUCAGUGUCGCUGAGUUCUUUUCUGACAUACUUUUUUCCUGGUUUCCCUUCUAUUAUAUAUUGAAGUGCGCAUUCCUGGUUUGGUGUAUGGCCCCCGUCUCAAACAACGGCUCUCAGAUGAUCUACAAGCGCUUUAUCCGCACUUUCUUUCUGAAGCACGAGGCUCGACUGGAUAAGGUCGUGAAGGAUCUAGGUGACAGGGCUUCGGAAGCUGCAGAUAGCAUUAGAGAAAAUGCCAAGAAAGCAACAGCAAACCUGAUCUUUGAAGAGAAGAAGAGCACUUAAGCAAUACCUUUGGAAAGCUUGCCUUUAUUCUUUGCUCCCUGGGAUCCAGAGUAUUAAGAUAUUGCCUUUGGAAAGUUUUUUUAAAAAUGCACACUUUAAAUGUGUUUCUUAUCUAUGUACUCAAUUUUACCAAAAGCAAGUGGAAAAUGUAAUACUCAAAUUUAAUGUAAUACUACAUUCAAUAUUUAAUUGCUUGUGAGAAGUUCUUGAACUAUGUCAAUGAUAGAGGUUUAAUUCUGAGUGAAGUUUUGCUGGUUUGUCUUGUCCUUUCAUUGUAUGGUGAAUGUCCAAUAAACCUAUCAAGUGAU